GCAGUCUGUCGGUCUUCUUCCUGCCAUCUGCUCAUUUGAUGCUCACCUGGAAAUAUCCUUACGAUGGCAUUUUGCCCUGCAUUAUAGCAUUAUAGUACUUGUCUCACCACAGCUUUUUGCAUGUUCUUGUUUUCAAAUCCACCAGUGGUUUCACCAUUGAGAGUGUCGUUAUCCCGUUUGCAGCGUGGGAGAGAGAGCCUUGUCAACACCUAGUCACGUACAACGCCUUGCUUGGCCAGAUUACACGGUUGUCCCUGCCAUGAAAUUUCAGCCACCUAAGAAGGAACACUGAUUUAUCUCGCGUUAUCUUGUCUUGGUUUUCUUAUUCUACGCUUCCGAUCGGUAAUUCUACUACCUGAUACAUACCUGUUACCUAUCCUACGCCUCCGCGAGGGUUGCACGCCCCAGUCCACCCUGUACAUUUUUCCCAUUAUUGGACAGUGCAGCCUGUUUCUUCCAUAGAUAAUUCUUGGAUACAGCGGUCUUAAUGGUUCUGAGAAAGCAACCUCCGCCACAUCUCGAGAACUGCGAUAAAGGCGACGGUCGUUCGGACCUUCGCUCGCCCACCGCUGCUACGCCCAGUCCGUCUCGUCUUACUCGCCCUACGCGAGCUCUGAGUUCCCCCAAAUCCCCUCGCUUUCCAACGCAGGAUCCUGUCUUCUCCCCAGAUCUUAACAAAUCUCCAGCCUUCGACUUGAUGUCUCUGCAAGAAGCGCAAAGAUCUCCGGUGGCGUCCUCGUUUAAUGAUACUCAGAAUCCGUGGACGGAUGAUAACGAUGAGAGAUCCGAACCUUCGAGGCUGUCAGAUUCGUCCAUCCCACCUCCAGUCCCUCCUAAACAUACACAAGCGGAGAUAUAUUCCGAGGCUCGAUCAGUGCCAAGGGUGCCGUCCAUUUUGGUGGCAGGCACACAACGGAGGAUGGCUGCAAACGAGUGGAAAACAGCACAUGCGGCAGAUGGCGGUGCUGUAUGGGAGCAGCCGGAGAUACCGGCUGUGCAGCUGCAGUCCAACAAUCCGUUUCUGAAGGCCCGUCUGUCAGAUUCCAACCCAUGGGACAAUGACCAGGUUUCAGGUCCACAUCAAGAUGGCACACGAGCUGCGUCUUCAUUUUUAAGAGACGAUGCUAGCGAGCAGCUGAGUCAAAACGAGGGCUAUAUUCCCAUGACCGCACGGCUAUCUCUUCUCGAUGACCCAGUUCCCGAAUCGCCCUGGGCUGACGAACACUCGAUCACUACUUCGCAAGCCCAGCAGCAACCGGCGAGCCAACAAGUCGCCGGUUCCUCGAACUUUGAAAACAUCCCAUUGUCGAUCUACAUUGACAACGGGCAAAUCAGUGAGCCUCAAGCGGAUACACAGGCGCAGCUACCUCCAGCUAUAGUAUUACAACAUCCCAGAUCUGCCUCGGAAGAAUCCUUUAGUUUUCCAAGCCAACAAUCUGCAACUGGACAGUCUCAUCUCGAAAAUGGAAUUCGUACCCCUUCAGUCACCUUAUCCAGUGCGACCCCCAGUUCUUCUUCGGAUCUCCUGGAGUUGGAUUUUCCCGAAAAGUCGAGCUCUCACGCUGAAUCGUCUCGAGCUCCAUCACCUGCAUAUCUAACUACAGCUUACGACACAUCUGCCCUGGGCAGCGCUCAACAGACCCAACCAGAUUCUAUUCUACCAGUGUCGCGGACGCUGAAUGAUUUGGGACCUAGUGGUAGUUCUCAUCCGGAACAACCGGCCAUAGCGCCACUACCUAAAUUAUCUGAAGCUGAAGAGAAGCGACAACAGGAGCAGAGAUCUGAGACAUAUUUUAUCAGACAAGUUGACUGGACGGAUGUUACCGGAAGAUUACGCCACUCCCCGAUUCUCGUGCAGAACAAGAACGGCCCGUGUCCUCUGCUGGCUCUGGUUAAUGCUCUCAUUUUGUGCUCUGCCGAAAACACACAACCGCCGAUCGUCAAGGCUUUGAAGACGAGAGAGCAGAUAUCCCUUGGGCUUUUGAUCCAAGCUCUAUUCGAUGAGCUGACCAGUUGUCUCGGACCCGACGAUCAGCUACCAGAUAUUGAAGCUCUCAGCCGAUUCCUCACCAUGCUGCAUACCGGGAUGAACGUCAAUCCUCGGCUUACUCUGGAACCCCCAGGAACUGUUGGUUCUUUCCUCCAAACGAACGAUACUCGCCUUUAUGGUACGUUUGGUGUGCCUUUGGUACAUGGUUGGAUAGCAUCCCCAUCCUCAGAGUCUCAUCAUGCACUGGUGCGGGUGGCGCAGUACCAUGAAGACAUCCAGUUGUUGCAAUUCCGCAAAGAUGAGCUCGAAGAAAGGGUGUUUCGAGGAGGCGCACUUACCCCGGAAGAACAAAAGCUUAUAAGAGAUAUCCACACGAUACAAGAGUUUGUUGACGUCGAAAACGCCACCCAACUGAGUAGCUUCGGUCUUGACCAACUCGCUCAGACACUUUCUCCGGGAUCUGUAUCCAUACUCUUCCGCAAUGAUCAUUUCUCGACGCUAUACAAACACCCUCAGACCCAUCGGCUUUUCACUCUCGUCACCGAUGCGGGCUACUCCAGUCAUGCAGAAGUUGUCUGGGAGUGUCUGGCUGAUGUGAGUGGGUUCAACGCAGAGUUUUUCGCUGGCGAUUUUCGUCUUGUCGGAAAUACAACCGCAGCAUCAGCAGACCCUGGGCCUGCUCAGCAUCAUAUUGUGGGUCCCAGAAGUUCAAGCAAUGGUGCAAAUCGCACCUCCGCCCCAAGAGACCAUUCGAGCUCUUCUCUUUCUGCCCAGGAACAAAGCGACGCGGAUUAUGCGUAUGCUCUAUCCCUUCAGUUUCAGGAGGAAGAGCGAGAAAACAACAGAGAAUCUCAUAGCCGGAACAGAAGAGCUUCGACGCCAAUGAACACCUUGACGGCAAGCAGUCAGUCACGACAGAGCACUCAUACACGUUCUUCUAGCGCAGUGGAUAUAGGUAGCGGUAAUAAUAACUGGAGCCAGCCAUCUACAGAUCGUCGUCGACCGUCAAGGCAAGACCAACAAUACUCGAGACAGUCCCAAUCGGAUGAUCCUCACGAUGAAGAUCUCCCAUCAUAUGAGCAGGCUGCAAGCAGCAGACCCUAUGUUCCACCGCAGAGUUCUACUAGUUCUGCGAGUCCAUACCAAGCCCAAGAAACUCGAUACUCAAGGCAACAACAAUACGGAAGGCGACCACCGGGAGCGACGGUCGCGCCUGGAAUUACCCAACAAGCAAAUGACCGAAAUAAGGAUUGCAUAGUGAUGUGAGGGAUGGCAUUACAUAAAUUACCCCUUACCCCUUUCCAGCUACUGCUUUCUGGAUUGGGGAGUAUUUCAAAAAGCAGUUGGACAUUGAGUAUAGGUAGUUGGACUUUUUUGCGGGAUGCCCUAUUCUUAUUCUUUUGGCUUUUUCUUUUUUUACUUUGCGGGUUUAUUAUGACUUCAAUGAUGCUACGCUGCAAUGUAUAUAGAGAUACCAUGCGGGUUGCUCAAUAU